UUGGUGAAAAUUGAGGAUGAAAAUACAGGUCUCGCGUUUUCUCGCGUGAAUUUUAGGAAUCCGAGAUGGCGGAGUUUCAGUGGCCGUGGCAGUACAACUUUCCUCCGUUUUUCACCAUACAGCCCAACAAGGACACCCAGGCUAAGCAGCUAGAGGCCUGGUGCUUGCUGGUGCUGUCCUACUGCAGACACAGGAGACAGUACAGCCUGGAUGUCACAGAUGCACAGGACAGUCCUCUCUUCCACAACCAAAAGAUAGGCAGAAAGUUGCCAUUAGAAGCAGUCUACACUGUGCUUGAAGAACUCAGGAAAAAAGGUAAUAUAGAAUGGACCGACCCAAAGAAAAGAAACAGGUGUCUGAUCAUGUGGAGAACACCAGAGGAAUGGGGCAAGAUCAUCUACCAAUGGGUUACAUCAAAUGGCAUGAACAACACUGUAUGUACCACAUAUGAACUGGUGAAUGGGGACGACACUUCAAAUCAAGAAUUCCAUGGAAUGGAAUCCUGGCUGCUGACGAGGGCUCUAGAAACGUUACAACUAGAGAGAAAGGCAGAACUUAUGGGCAGUGAGGGGGUCAAAUUCUUCUAAAACCCCUCAAUCCUUCCGAUAGUUUAGAUGCAGUGUUCUAGCCAGGGUUUGUCUUUCCGCCACUUGAUGCUUAAUUAUGUCAGACAAAAAUAUUGCCCAAUCUGUCAUCUUUGACAAGGAUUUUGCAAAUUGAAUUACCUGAUGUAAAUGUUGUCACAUUUCAUGUGCAUAUUUUAUAAAUGUGACAUGCCAAGCCAACAGAAAUAAAAUUUAACCUGAAUUUUUUUUGCAUAGCUUUUCCAAUAUUUUAUAUAUGUGGAGGGAUAAGAGUCAUAAGACACAUUGCUAUCAAUUGUCUCUAGCUGCUACAUGUUUAUGUAUGUUGUAAGUCUUUAUGUCCAAGAAUUGUGUUAUAUGUAUGCUGAUAUACUACAUGUAUACUAAGCAAAGCAGUAGGCUGCAUGUUUAAAACUACAGCUGCAUAGAAACUGAGGAAAUAGUUGUAAGUUAGUGCAAUGUACAUAAUUAUUCCAACUUACAGAAUAUGUUUUAACCUGUAUAACCUGUAUAUGCUGUGUCAUGUUUUCUCUCUGUGUCCAUCUUCUUUCACUAUUCAUGUGCCUCAUAUGUGGGAAAUAAAUACACUGUGUCCCAAAUUUUAAAA